AGUCAUAGCACCUAUCAAUAUGCAAUGUCUGGCUUUAUAUGACUAUAUUUCAGAAUAUCCAGAAGAUUUAAAGUUUAAAAAGGGCCAAAUAAUCAAUAUUUUAGGCAUAGAAAAUUCAGAAUGGUACAUUGGAGAAUAUGUUGAUACAGAAGGUUGUCAUUGUACUGGAAUAUUUCCCAAGAACUAUGUACAAGUAUCAACUCAUAUAAACAAUAGAAAAAUAAGCACAAAAGAAAGUAAUAUUACAAAUAUUGAAAGUACACAUGACAAUGAUAAAAACAAUAGUAGAAGAAUGGAUUCAAAAAAAUCUGAUAGAUUUUCUACGGAAAAACCAGAAGAUGAAAAGGAUGAAAAAAAGUCAUUUAAAGAAAUCAUUGCUUCAUUUGAUCGUCUUAAAGAGCAAGGAGCUCAAAAUACAAUUCAUAAACAUUCAUAUACACCAAAACUUAGAUCAUAUCUAUCUAACACACACAUUGAUAAUACAAUGCAACCAGAAUCAUAUAGUUUGACACCAAUCCAAACAACUACCCCGUGCAAGAAUACUGAAGAAAAUGUACCUCAAUUAGAAUCUCUCAAAAAUAGAAUUUCAGCUCUUAAGAAUAUAAAGGUUGAUCUACCUAAUGUUUCCGAAGAAGAUACAAGGAAAAUUGAUAUAACGCAUGAAUGCAUAAAAAAUGAGAAUAUUUUAUCUCAUAAACAAAAAAAUAUAAAAGAGGAAAAAAAUGGUGAUGAAUCAGAAGAUAAUCAAGAGAAAACACAAGAGUCUAUACGUAGUGAAGAUGAUGAUUCUAAUAUAAAAGAAGAACUUGCUCGUCGUGUUGCUAUUCGAGAACGUAUAGCGAGAAUAUCUUAUGCUGGUAUGAACAUGCAUAUGGCUUUAGGAAUAUCACAAGAAUCCAAUAAACAUAUGAAAUCUAAAUCGCCUCCAAAAGUGAUACCUCACAGUUGUAAAGAAGAUAAACAUCAAACAGUAGCGCCUAUUUUUUCUGUUCAAGUCAUCCCAUCACCUAUAAAACGACCAAUUAAAAACUUUCAAUCAGAUAAUACACCUGAAAUUCAUAGACAAAAUCCAAAUGAUGAAUUAAUUAAUCAAAUGAAUUCUUUAGAAACAAUAGAACAACCACUUUCAUCGUUUCAUUUAUCAACUCCUCAAAAAUAUAAUAAUCUUAUAAAUAUUUCUAAGAACGAUAUUUCUUUCAAAGAUGAAAAUGAUGAUUUAGCUUAUUAUACUCCUAUGCCUAUUUUAGAAUCAUUUUCAGAAAUUCGAAAAGAUUCAAAAGACAAUUCCCCAAGUUUAAAUAAAAAAUAUAUAUCUCCAGUCUCAGAUGAACAAUUUCCUGAAACUUUCAAGCCUUCAAAAUUACCACAAAAACCGCUUAAAGAACCACCAUCUAUACCUGAUCAUCUUCACUUAACAAAUUCAUCGAAACUACAAAAUGCAACAAAUGAUUGUAUACAAAAACAUUCUACACCUUGCAGACCAUUAAAACCUUUUUUUAUUCCAAAACCUUGUAUAUUCAAGCAGACGUCUCAUAACUUAUCUUAUAAUAAUGAAUCUUCUAAUAUAUCUCCGAAAUCAGAAUAUAUCUUUGAAGGUACACCGGAAAACCAUAUUCCAUAUCCAUAUUUUAAAAACGAAUCAGAAUAUAUUUUUAAUGAACAAUCUUACAUUGAUAAAAAUAAAUUCAAAGAAACUAAAACUUCAAAAAAUGAAAUUACUCAUUAUAGAGACAACCAGCUAGGUACUAACAAUGAUAAUUAUAAUUCUAAAAAUAUAAGUCCUAUUUCUUUAACAAAUUUACAAAGUUUUACAAACAACAAUGAAGAAAUAGAAAGAAAUAUCAAUGAAAAUGUAUUCGUUCAAACUGAUGAAAUAUCAUUUAACAUACAGAAUAAACCAACAAAACAUCCAAGCUAUUAUCAGCUUCAGCAUAACUGCUCAGAAGAAUAUUUUUCUUUACCUGAUAUACCAGAAACUUAUAAAAAAUCAUAUGACUAUCAGAUUUCAGAAGAAAGGCUAUCUGUUCUCGGUAAAAUGCCUGUAAAUGAAUUAACUUCUUACUCUAUAGAUCAACGUAAUAUUAAUUAUGAUCCUUUUAAUCAAGUAGAAUACAUUGCACACAAUAUCGAUUUAGAAAAAAAUACAUUAUGGUGGACACUUCCUGAUGCACUUCCUUCUGUAUUUCAAAAUAGAAAAGACAUACUUCUAAAAUUUUUUGAAUCAUCACAUCUUUUAAAAGAUGGGAAUACUAUAACCACGAAAGAAAUUCGUAUUCUCUUUCAUGAUUACAGUGAAACACAUAUUUUAGCAAUAUUUAACAAAAAAAAUCCAGAAAAUGUAAACUUAAAACAAAUUCAUCGACCUUCUCCAAUAAAACCAAAUCAAAACCAGUUAGAAAUUGCAUAUGAAAAAUUUGGGACUCAAGUAGCAAAUUUGGCAAGUCAGCACUUUGGAAUAACAGUUGGCGAUGGCACUCCAUUCGCUUUCAUACAAAAUAUUAUUAGUAAUAUUCCACAUGCAUUGCCAUCUACAGGUGUAAGAGCAUAUGGUGCAUUAAUAUAUCAAAAUAGAGCAAAUGCAUCUAUUGAUCAAAGGGAUGAAAUUAAAACAGGUGACAUUAUUUCAUUUCGAAAUGCAAAAUUUCAAGGUCAUAAAGGAAGCUUGCAUACAAAAUACAGCUCAGAGGUAGGCAAACCAGAUCAUGUCGCCAUAAUUAUGGAAUGGGACGGAACUAAAAGGAAAAUUAGAGUAUGGGAACAAGGCCGAAACUCAAAAAAAGUUGUUCAAUCAAGUUUCAAGCUAAGUGAUUUGAAAAGUGGUGAAAUUUGUGUUUGGAGAGUUAUGUCAAAAUCAUGGGUUAACUGGGAUUCUUAA